AUGGAGAACAAGCCGAAGAGACACAGCAAGGGUCGACAAAAGAUGGAGAUGAAGAAAAUAGAGUGCAAAAGCAACCUACACGUGUCCUUCUCGAAACGCCGGACAGGUCUCAUCAAUAAGGCCAGUGAAUUGAGCGUCGUGUGUGGUGCGGAGGUAGCCGUUGUAGUCAUGUCACCUGCCGGAAAGAUCUACACCUUCGGCAGCCCGUCCCCGGACACAGUCGUCAAUCGCUUCCUCGCCCAAUACCCUAAUCCUAACCUUAAUUAUUCCACACAUGAUCAUGACGAUAAUAAGCUCGCAGUGCAAUUACAAGUUAGCAAGAACAAUUAUUUCAAGGCUUUGGGUGAGUUAGAAGCCAGGACGGGGAAAGGAAGACCGAGUGAAACAGGGUAUUGGUGGGAAGAUCCGAUUGAUGAAUUAGGGUUGCAGGAGCUUGAGCAUUAUAUUGCUUCGUUGGAAGUUUUGAAGAAGAAUGUGAUGAAUCAAGCUGAUAAAAUGGCAAUGGCCAUGAAUCAAGCGGCGGAUCAUAUGGCAAUGGUCAAGAAUGAAGCGGCGGAUCAGAUGGCAAUGGCGAGGGCUUCUUCGUCCACUACUCUUGAGGCUUUUGAUUCUUUUGAUCAGAAUCUUCCGAUGGAAGGCACUGGUUUUGGUAAUGAUUUUGGUAUUGAUUUUGGUAACUUUGAUUUGGGUUAUUAG